AUGGCGUCUUUACGCAAGCCCGUCCUGCUGGGUCUCCGGGACUCGCCUGUGCCCGGCUGCCCCACGGGCCCGAGUGCCUGGACCAGCAGCAAGCUGGGCGGUGUCCCGGACGCGCUGCCGGCCGUCGCAGCUCCGCGGCCCGUGUGCGCACACUGCGGGCAGCCGCUGGCCCUCGCGGUGCAAGUGUACUGCCCGCUCGAAGGCUCCCCGUUCCAUCGGCUGCUACACGUGUUUUCCUGCGCCCGCCCCACCUGUGACCGCGGCGGCAGCUGGAAGGCGUUCCGCUCCCAGUGCCUGCAGACCCAAGAGAAAGAGGCGCAGGACGCACAGAAGCAGGAAAGCAGCCUUGUAACCAAGGACUGGUGUGAAGGUGCAGAUGACUGGGGAAGCGACAGUGAGGAGGCUCCUCCACCACAGGUCACGCUGGAUUUUGGAAAGAAUUCUAACAGUGCCUCACAGCACACAGACUGGUCAGCCCAGCUACACAAACUCAGCCUGCAGGAUGCUGCCCAGCCCGCACCUCCCAAGGAAGAGCCGCCCUUGUCUCUGCUUCCACUGUUCCUGCCCUACUACAUCUGUGUCGUGGACGAGGAUGACUACGGGGACUUUGUCAAUCUAGACCAUGCCCACAGCCUUCUGAGGGAGUAUCAACAGAGAGAGGGAGUUACCAUGGGACAGUUGCUUUCCCAAAGUAUUUCUAGUGAUUGUAAUGAAAAGUAUGAGAAGACCGUAAUUAAAAGUGGAGAUAAGAUGUUUCACAAGUUCAUGAAGAGAAUUGCAGCUUGUCAGGAACAAAUUUUGAGGUAUACCUGGAACGGAGAGCCCCUCUUUCUGUCCUGCCCUACUCCAGAGACCAGCGUGCUUCCGGCGUGUAGCCAUUGUGGAGGCCCACGGAUAUUUGAGUUUCAACUAAUGCCAGCACUGGUCAGCAUGCUCAGAAGUGCUAAUCUAGGUCUUUCUGUGGAAUUUGGGACAAUUCUAAUUUAUACAUGUGAGAAGAGUUGCUGGCCUCCAAAUCACCAAACCCCUAUGGAAGAAUUUUGUAUCAUACAAGCGGACCCAGAUGAAUUAUUUUUUAAGUAGAGCAUCUUUUAUUUGUGUAAAUUAAAACAAAUUUAUGUGAUCAAA